AUCCUCCCUCACACGCCAUGUUAAUUUCCGGAACACACACAACAACCCAACACCCUGCACAGCGCUGCCUGGUGCAGACGAGGUCGUUGUUAUUAUCAUCGCUGUCGUCGACGCUCGAAAAGAACUCAUCGCUGGUGUUGUUAAAAUCCACGAUUAGUCGCAAUAAGACUUGGCCAGAUACAUAGAAAAUAAAAGUAACAUGGAGGUCAUUGAGUCAAUUGUUACAGAAGCCAUUGAGGUGGAGGACUCAACUACUACGGUUACGACUUUGGAGACGGAAAAGUCAAAAGCAGAGUUUGUCUGGACUCUCCAAGCCACAUGGCACCUCGUCCACGUUCGUUUGGAUAUGGACACUGAGUUUGACCAGCCCGUGUGCAAAAAGAAGAAGCUGUGGGAGACUGUGGCGGAGAGGGUGACGGCCAAACUAAGAGCCGACGAAGGCACUGAUGUUUCAGUCAAAGCCUUUGAAUGCGACCUGAAGUGGAGAAACAUGCUAGCGACGUACCGCAAGAAUGCAGAGCGAGCCAAAAGACUGGGAACCAACAGCGUUCACUGGGAGUUCUUCAAGGAGAUGCAUGAAGUUCUGGGAAGGAGCUACGAGGAGGUUGAGGCUCAGCGCAAAGCAAAAAUCAGUGCCUCCAAACUGGGAAAAGCAAUAGCCAGUAAACGAUUUACCCCAAUACUGCCCACACCUACAACCUCAGCUCCACAGUUGCCCAACGCCAGGCCUCCUCAGGAUCUGCUUCAGCUUUACCUGGAGCUGCAAGAGCGCAAACUGAACAUGUGGGCACAGCAGAAAGCUCUGGAAGAGAGGAAGAUCGAAGCCAUUAAUAAUCUGGCGCGCGCCAUUACUUGCCUUUCCCAGAACAAUACCUUGCAAAAGUUUGAGUCGGAAGCUUCCCAAUAAUAAUACCUGCCACCAUCUCUUCACAUUAGAAAAAUGAAACGGAUCUUUAUAUUUAGAGAACUGAAUAAAUUGUUUCCUUUAUUAUUCGCUUGCAAAAAUUGCUGUGUAGUUUAAACUGUUGCAUUUAUGUAAAGUGCGUAAAGGACAAGUCGAAUCCCGUAUUUUUGUUUUUUAAUAAAAUUAAAAACUAUACAAAGUGUCUCUGUCAAUGUUUCAAUGUUAUCAAAAAUCACAAAAUUACACAGAAUUUCUACAAUUUUACCACAUAAUACUACUUCUGUUAAGAACUCACAGUGCAAGACUUUAAAGGAAACACUCCACUUUUUCUUUGGAAAAAGAUUUGAUUUGGCGGCUCCUGGAUCUGUUAAUCUUGAUAACUGAUCUCUGGCUAAUUUGGUUCUUUAAACAAGUUUGUGAUUCAGAUUAAAAUGUCUGGAUGAACUGAUUUGAGAUCGCUGUCUGUGUUGUGAAGGACAGAUCUAUCAAUCCUCAAAAUCAUGAUCAGCAAUGCAACGAUUCGCUGACGACACAGCAGCACAAUUACAUCAUCCGAUUAAUAUUCAAUUAUCCAUGUGAGCAAAAUUAUAGUAAAUAAAUUACAUUUGUAGUAAACGGUUUGUUAAAUAUGAUACGCAAUAACUUUCCACCUUUGUUGUGGGUUGAAGGCUUAACACUCUCCUGUGUCAAGAGUAUUUAGCAAUUUAUUUAGUUUUACAUUAAGAUUGGACUUUAUUUAUUAUAGUAGCCUGGGCCUACAAGUUUCUUGAUCAGCGUAAGGAAUAACUGGCUGUUUAAAUUCAUUUUGAUAAUCAUUUUUAAAAAAGUGCAACUUUUGCAAAGCAUCAAGUCACUGUCAUAAUUGCUGUCAAAACAUGUGCAUGACUGCAUUAUUUAUUAUUCCUUAAACAAAACAGUCCAAUAUUGUGCACGUCUAUUAUCAGAUAGAGUAAAGCUGGAACCUUAAAAUAGUAGUCUAUGUGUUUGUGUCUAAAAAGUCCAUAUUAAUAAAUGUUCUCUUUGAACCCCUUAAGAAGAACCGCCCUGUGACAGUCUUUAAAUUGUUAUUGUGCAGAUUUCACAAGUUUAUGUGUUUUUAAACUUUGGUCAUGAAAAUUAAAAUGAUUAAAAUACAUCAAGUGACAAUUUCUGAGCAUUUGUGCAAUUUAGGAUUCGAACUCAAGAUAUUUGCAGCACACUUAUUUUAUGCAAACGCACGGUCCACUAGGUUACAUGAAAUAGAGUUUUCCCUACCCUGUCAAUCAAACGCAGAUUUGCCAGGUCUCGAAAUGCUACUUAAAUGUCUGAUGCUUUGAAACGCUUUUGUCACGUGACCUGGGUGCUUUGAAUCAUUUUAGUCAUGUGACCUGGGUGUUUCAAAUUACUUUAGUCACAUGACCUGGGGCCUCAUGUAUCAACACU